AUGCUUUGGAGCUUGGAUUUCGGCACAGCCAAACAUCACUGCGUCUGCAGUGCUGAUGGCAAGAAGAAGAUGAAAAUGCACAUGUGGAAACGAAGGGGCUGGGAAGAGGCUAUGGGGGUGCUGGGAGCUAACAAACGCAGUCCUGAAGGCUGCAUUGGCCUCUUGGAAAAGAACAGAGCCCUGAUUCUGAAUGGAGGGCUUGGGAGUGGCAAAGCACAGUAUGUGGCCUUGGCUUGGAAGAGUCUUCUGAAAGCCAAAGCAGUGCUACAAAGGAUUGAAAACAAAUUUUAUCAUCAAACGUGGAGUUGUGCCAAAUCACAGGCAGCCAGAAGAAAGCUUUGGCAUGAAAAAAGCUUUGAUGGGGAGAGGAACAGAGAUGAAACAGCUAUGAAUGAGAAAAAGAGCAAUGAGAUUCCUCCAGCCUGCAGAAAGGGAAACUGUGCUGCUCUCUCCCCUGCUUGGUCACAGACCUGUUUCCUUGAGAGCCCAUCCAGAAUGACCCCUCUCUCCUCCUGGGGCGACUCCUGCUCAGCACCAUGCAGCCCUGCCAGGAGGGAGGCUGAGGGUGGUGAAAGCACAGCUGGGACACGAUCUCCUGCAAAGAGCCUGUACAGACCAAGAUGGGACAAUUUCAGGGAGCAGUCAGAUUCAAGAGGUCGCGCAGUAGAAAGGGAAAAAUCUCCCUGCUGUCUGCAUCACCCACCUCGCUCCCCCGCAGGGAGCAGUCUGUUCUCAGCUGUCCCACAUGGCAGCCGGAGCAAUGCUCCCAUGCCCAUGGCUGUCCUGCUUCCUACAUACCACCUUCCAUCAGCCAGCAGGCCCAGUGAUCAGAAGCUGGAAGAGUUGUGGAAGAAAUCACCCCAAAAGAAGUUAGAACAACUCAAGAAGAGAAUCCAGGAGCAGAAGCAAAAGCAGCAAGCGGCCUCUCAGGAGCAGAAGUGCCUGACUUCUGCCUAUGCUAAAGAGCCACCACAAAAAAGACCCUUGAAGAGGAAGGUGUGCAAAGUGGCGUCUGCUCCUCCUGCUCCAGCUUACAGAGACCAAAGAGAGAGAAGCUCAGCACGGAGAAUUCAAAUGCAAAGCCAGAGGCAGCCUUCACCCAAGUCCUCUGCUCUGGAGAGAACAGUGAAAGAUAAAUGUAAGGAUGAAAAUCAUGAGAAGUUACACAAAUUGAUGGACAAAACUACUGGAGGUGCAAAGUUACCUGGUGCUUCUGCAUGGAGAGAAGGUCAGAAGUUAGCGAGAAAGUUGCUUGGUCCACUUCCUACUUUUCCAAAUCUGAGGAGCACAGCUGAAGAGCAGACCACAGCAAAUACCUUUGAACCUGGUAGAGGAUUUGUAGCAAUGCCAGCGAUGGAAAACAGCUCCAGAGAAAAGGGAAAUGAACCUGUGGGGAAAAGCCCUGAAUUCAAAAGCUAUGUGGUGCCCCCCAGCAAGCCUAUUGAAAGGGGCAGCAGUGCACCAACCAAGGGUACAAAACAAAUACUCAGGAACCUGCAUUUGCAAAGCCAGUGUCAUGAUGAUCACAGACGUACCAGGCUCGUGAAAGACAUUGCAAAAGGAAAGGUAGAAGUUCUGCAGCGAUACCCAGGGAUGCAUUCUCCUUCAUCUGGACCUCGGGGCAUAACUCCCUCUGCCUUCAGGGGGGAGAAGGCACAAUCUUCAUUAAUGGAAGAUGGAGCCGAGCCCAGCCGCUUAGAAAGCUGCAGCAGGGGAAAAAGCACAUCUCAGAGACAGAAAGGCUCAAGCAGCCCUGCAAAGAAAGGGUCUGAGAAAGAAAACCUUAAGCACCCUUCAAAGAGGAGGGUAAACAUUAAAAAACCUCACCCCUACAGCCCUGAAAUUGUUCAGGAAUUUAUGCAACGAAAGAAUGAAGAAAGAAGGAAAAAAAGACUAGAAAAGAAAAAGUCUUUGGUGCAGGCCAUGGAGAUGAGAAAUAAGAGACUGCAAGAAGUAUACAGGAAACAGAGAGAAGCUAUUGGAAAGAAAACGUGUUCUGACCAGCUGUGCAAGUUCAUUGGGGAAACAGCAUCUGCAAAAGAAAGUCCGCAGCCUAAACUUGAGCAAGAGCAAAUCAGUGGUGGAAUCCUGGAGAGCAGUUUCAUGACCUGUGUGGAUAAAACACCAUGUACUCUAUUAAGUAAAGAUCACAGAAGCAGGAAUCAACUUCUAUACAUGGCUCAAUCCCCUCAAAAAAGAGCAGCAUUACCUUCUCCAGCACCACGGGAAUCUGAAUGCUGGUUUCUCAGUCCUCUGAAAUGUGAAGACCUGAGGGACUGCUCUCCCCCAGCUCUGCGUACGCCUCCUCUGAGCUUUUCCCUUCCUCAGGAACAUGCAAAAUCUUACUCCAAGGACCUGACUUCUGGUCUUUCUCCAUACAGAAGUAAACAGGACCGAGUGAAAGCCAUACAUAGUCUAUCCAAGGAACUUGCAGAAAAGAUUGAGAUGGCAACUAAAAGACUGAAUGCAGCAAGCUGGAUUAAAGACUCUGCUGACAAAACAUCAACAGAGACAACUUUGGACCUUUACAAUGAAUUAUCCUCUGUCCCAAAGCCUGAGACAUCCAAGGAUGAGCAAGACAGGACAAUGACUAUACAAAUGCUUCUGGACACCCCAGACCCUGAUGUGUUACGUGUGUCAUCAGAUAGAGAAUUUCAUAGAUGGGGCAGGAUUAGCCUUGUGGGUAGCACCAAAGGAGCAACAGCCCCGGAGAGAGAGAAGGAAAUACCCGUUCCUUUGCCUGGUGGGAGAGCAAUGAGCAAAGAACUACCAUGGACUCAUAAUGCAGGACGGAGGCAUCUCAACACUGGGGAAGAGCUGAGCAACACAUUGCAAGGUUUUCCUGUGAAUAAGGGCUCCGAGGUGGACAUAAGCCUAUUGCAUGAAAAGCCAAUAACCAGCCCAGCCUCUCCAUCUCACAGAUUCCUCACUAGAAGUCCGCAGAGAGAACUCACAGCUCAGAAGAAUCACUACCAGUGUGAGACCAUUUUCAAAGUUCAGAACCAAGAGGAAAUUGCCAACUGGUCUCCCAGAGAGAUCCUGAGGACACCGGACAGCUUCAGGUCACAGCCCUCUGCCACUCUGAGCCCUGGAGCUGAGACUCACCACAGCUUUGAGCAGGACUUUGCUUCUGCAGGUGAAGGAGACUCUAGCUGCACAGAACUGGAAGAGAAACACAAGAGCCAUCUAGACAAUUUGAGGCAAACCUCCCUACUACUGGCUCACAAACUGAAGGUCCAUCAGCUCCAGCAGAGGCUUACGGUGCUGAGGGAGAAAGCAAAACUAGAGCUUCAAGAAAGCCAGAGGUGUUUGAGCAACCUGCUUCAACACAAUUCAGAGGAGUGCAGUCGCUCCAAAGGCAGUUGUUAUUUUGUGCCAAAGUUGGACCAUGCAGAGCAAAUGUGGAGAGGAUCCCAAUCAGAAGGCGACAAUGCAGCUGGCAGUAAUGAAGAAACACAUUCACUGAAGCAAUCUGCAUUGCAGACAGAAAGAGAUCACAGUCCAGUGGAUUCCAAAACGGUGGGAGAAAGAAAACCUUGGGGAGGAAGGGAUUCGUAUUGCUCAGGGCUUCAAGAAGGGUCUCUGCCAGUGGAGCACGGGGAGCCACUGCAUGACCAUCAGACCUUGAAUCUGUUGUCACCUCUGAUGAAUCUGCCCCACGGGGAGACCCGUGCAGGGGACGACUCUGGAGACAGCAGCGAGGGGGCCAGCUCUGACAGCCAGUGGAGUGAAGUUGGCCGGCACUAUGGAGACUCCAGCACCUUCUGCUGCUUCAGCUUGGCCAUGGUGGAGCAGUGUCUGAGGGGAGAAGAGCUGCGAGCUCGACACCAGGCUGCCCUCUUCAAGCUCCGCAAAAAAGCUCUCCGGGAGAAAGCCAGGGCCGAGCUGGCCUGGCUGGGCCACCAGAAACGCUGUCUGGAAAGCCUGCGAGAUAGUGAGGGAGCCUCUGCCAUGGCCGCAAAGCAGCACAAAAUCCUAACGGAGCUGAAACAGGAGCAGGCAGAAAUCCAGCACUUGCAAAACAUCUACAGGGCAGCCCAUCAAGAAAGAAAGCUUUUAUUAAAGCAGCAAAGAGAAAUCUUAAUGAUGCGUCGUUCAACAGCACAACUUCAGGAAAAGCUUACAAGGAGCCCAGCAACUGAUGAAGGAAUAAGGCUGAAGACAGUGAGACUUAUUUCUAGCCCGAAGCUAUCCUCCUCCUCAGCAGAGCCUACAGCCCACCCAGAAAGGCCUGAUCUGUCGGGAAAUAGAGAGAGUUGUGUCCGGCUAAAGAAUAAAAAAAGCAAGAAAUAUGAGGACCUUUCUACUGAGAACAAGAAAACACUGGUACAGUACCAGAAACAGGUAGAGGAUUCCACAGGUUUGGAGCAGACCCUGGAUGCGCAAGGUCCUGAUGCGUCUGAAACUGUGACCAAUAACAUCUGUGGUGCCACCAGCCAAACCACAGGCUCGGUCUUUAUGAUUAAAGAUUGCAUAAACACAGAGCUUAAUGCUCAGGAUCAUGUUUUAUUAUCUCUGGAACAUGCAAAUUCAUCUAGAAUGGAUGAGCCUAUAUCCACACCCAUUACAAGAGAAGGCAGAAAGUAUGCAUUUCUGGAAUCUGUGCUGAACGAAAAGGCAUUCAUUUCAAACUCAAAGACAGAUCCUAAAGACAAUGAAGAUAUUAAUCCAUGCGACAGCAAGUUCACAGCGAAAGGCUUAGGGAUGCUUUCUACUUUGUGUAACUUAUGCCUGGUUCAGGCAGAAAAUACUCUUCAAGGAACUGGUGAUGCUACAUUAUCCUUAGAAGACCUAGAGAAAGAGUCCCUGAUAGUGGAGAAAGUAUACAAAGAGCAGAGAAGUCAUAAAACUCUGAGAGAAGAGCAGGAGGUCUGCAGUCCGUUUCAGGCUGGAAAAAGGAAGAAAGAUCUUUCUUCUGAUGAUGAAGAUGGGGAAAGAUCAGCACUGAUUUCAGAUGAAGCUACAUCAGUGAAAACCCAGUUAAGAAAAGAACGGUCAUCAGAAGAACAGAGGGUUAGCACAGACUCUGAGAAAAAAUCAGAAAUCACACAUAUAGAUGAAAAAGCAUCUUCUGAAAUCUCUUUGCCAGAAGUUAAAGAAGUAAAAGUACCUGUCCCUUAUGAGAUCCAUCAGGUGGAUGGUAAUCAGUGUUUGAAGCAUUUGGACCAUAUUUGUCAUGAGGCUUCUGAUGAAGAACUAAAUUUAACAGCAUUUUCCGAAGGAUUAGCUUCCACUGAGUCAUCGUCCAAGUCAAACAACUUCUCUCUAAGAUGUGAAAGUGCCAAAUCAGACUCUUCACUCCCAGAAUUUCAGAAAGUGUCUGCAGUUUGGGUUGACAUCUCAGGAAGCCUGAUGUCAGACUCUGAAUUAGAGCUGAAAAAUGGAGAGGAUACAGAUGUCAGUAUCUCAGAGGAGUUUGUCUAUGACAAUGGUGUUGUGUUUCCUGAUGUUUCAAAAGAGAGGCUAAUAGCAAUAAGUAAUGGAAAGGAAACAUUGCCUAGUUACAAACAUGAUGAACACGAAGCACCCACAGGUGAUAGCACUGAGACUUCAUCACACUUCCAGAAAUACCCUGGAGAUGUUUCAGGUCGUGGCUGCAGUGAUAAUUUAUUUUCUUUUGUUCCAUCAGACAAAGCAAAUGCCUCCAAAACUAAGUCAGCACAUUGUUCCCAGUCUGAUAACCCUGCCAAGGGAAUGGAUGUGCCACAUCUGGAUGACUCAGAAAACUACAGUAGAAGUAAAACCCCUUCUCGGGAGAUCACAAAACAGGGUAAAGAUGCAGUUGCCAGCUUUUCGUGCAGUGAUGGUAUUUAUUCACCUAAGAUCCAUGAACAGCAGAAACCUAGUUCUCCAACUAGCAGCGUGGAAAAGGAUGGUGGAAUUAACACUUUAUUUGUGGAUCAAAAUAGCAACCUAAUGGGGUUUCCACUGACAGGUUCUUUGAAAUGUCUAGAUUUGGUUACUGACCAGUUUAGUAGCAGUCAUCCACCUGAGAAAGCUAUUACAAAUGAUAAAUUAUUAGCAUGUCUAUCUUCAAGAAACUUGUCAGUUUCAGGAGCUGAAAAUAAUCAUGUACAGCUUUUGAAUGAGAGACUCACAUCCACCAAACUUGGUAAGAUUGUAUCUCUGUCUACGUCCAGGCCAGAAAUUUUGAAGGAAGUCCAUACAGAAACCAAUUCAUCAGAGUCUUCACAAAGGAUUGCCAUGGGAAAUCAAAAUAACUCCACAACUGAAAGGCAAGCCAUAAAGGAAGCGAGGAGUGAACUGUUCUCUUCUGUCUCCUCAAAAAUCCAAUUGUUUCAAGUAAAGAACUGCUCUUCCAAAGGUGAAGAUGAUACAAUUUUUAUCAGUGACGAGGAUCUCCCUCCGACUCAUGAGGAUACCUUGUCAGAAAUACUGUCUCCUGUUGACGACGUAUUGUCCUAUGGAAGUGCUGACUUGCCGUCCUCUAACAAAAAGGAUUUGUCAUUUCCAAGUGAAGAUCUUCCUCCUCCCCCUUUAAGUGCAGAUGCAAUGAAAAAUGAUGAUCCUAGCUUCAGUAUGGAUGAUUUCCCAUCUCCACCAGAACAAAUGACAGUCUCAGAGACUAGACAGUGUACGGAUGGAGAUAUAUCACUGAAAAUGGAUGCAUUACCCCCAUUACCUGAUAACACUGUGCCUGAAGAAUUUCCCUUGCUCAAUCAAGAAAUAACUAAUGCUUUUUCAACUCAGGAUGGUAGUCUCUCAGAACAAUCUUUAGUUAAAGAUAUUUCCAGUGCAAAGGAGGGCUUAUUAGAAUACCAACAAGGAGAACAUGAGACACCUUUGCAGCAUUUGGAGUUUCUGCCUGUAUCAAAUCCUAUUUCUUCUGGUCAGACCAGUAAAAGUCCUGACUCCAUGAUGAAACAAUGCAAAACAAACUUAACACUGCCCAAAGCUGAGGAGGACAGUGAUGACCCAUUAAUAUCAUUUGAAAUUGGGGACAGAGUGUUAGUAAAGCAGACCCAACCUGGAACCCUAAUGUUCAAAGGACGGACUUGUUUUGAUAGUGGCCAUUGGGCUGGUGUUGCACUUGACAAAGCUGAAGGUGAUCAUGCUGGAACUUACAAAGGGGUGAAGUAUUUUGAGUGUGCUCAGCACUGUGGUGUCUUUGUCAGGCCUGAGGAGAUUUCACACCUGUUGGGGGCUAAUGAAAAUGCAUCCAAUUACACUAGGGAUGAAGACUCUGACUCCUUCUAUGAUGAUGAAUCUUUCAAAGGAGACUGCAAAUCCUCUGAAGAUGAUGAGCAAGGAGGAGGGCUUACAGAGCGGAAAGCAGAAGACACAAACACUGUGGGAGGAUCAGAAGUGAAAGAAAACCAGUCUAGGUUACAUAUUGCCUUGCUGUCUGGAAAAGGGCAAAAGCUUCCACGUUCUGACCAGUGUAAGUGUAAUGAAUUCCUCCAUCAAAAUAACUUAAUGUGCUUGGGAUUGGAUAAAGAUAAAACAGAACUGACACAAAUAAAACAAAGCAUACUUGCAGGUGUGCUUCCAAUAAGAAGUAAGACCAGUAACACAGAUGAGGUAAAACCAAGCAAAAAUAUUUGUUGCUUGGUAGAGGAUCAAAAAAUAAAUAAACUUGCUGAUGAUAUUGCAAGUGAACUUGCUAAGAAACUUCUGUUUGACACUUUAAUUGCAUUUUCUGAAAGAGCUCAACACAAAUAUAAAAGUGCCUUUGAAAAAGACAUGAUGAAUUAUGGCAAAAGCCUAAGACAAGAAGACAAUCAGAAACUGUUUCUCCUCAAAGAAAAUUCAGUUGCUGUCUUAUCUGAACAACCAGCAAAGGUUUCUGAUGUUUUACUGCGUGAUUUAGGUAUGCUUAGCAUUCAUGGUUGUCACACAGUAGCAGAAAGAAUUGUAACUAAAUUUGUAGAUGAUGCGGUUAAAGAAUAUAAGAAGAUUAAAAGAAAACAAGGAUCAAAAGCAGACAAGAUAUUUCACUCGUCUUCAGAGACUUCUCCAACCACAUUGCCAUUCCUUGUAAAAAUCCUUGAUGCUGGUGUUUUUGGAAGCUCUGAAGACUUUGAUCAGCCUAAUUCUGACCAACAUAUGCUGGUGAGACAAAGACAAAAGCAAUACUUGUACAAAUUAGAUCAGUGGCGCUCGGCUCCUUGGAAGAAAACUGCGGAAGUUCCUCUUGUGAUACCUCAUUACAGUUCAUAUGUUAAGAAAUUGUCUGCAUAUGCUGUAGAAGAAUUAUGGACCCCAGAAAACAUAUAUUCAAAUUUCAGGAGAAUCAGUGUGCCAAAGCACUUUGAAUGUAAUGAUCUCCCAGGCAACGAUUUGGAAACAGAAAGCAAGAGGAUGUAUAAUCAGGUUAUAUUUGAUUUGACCCAUGAGUUGCUAUGUGCAGAAUACCAAGUGGCUACAAAUCCAAAUAUAUUUCCAUGGAUGAAAGAAAAUUUGGGAUCUUACUGUUCCAGGCAUCUUUGCAGAAGAACAGAUGUCAAUGAGGUCAAGAUGUUUGUUCAAGGUGAAAUUAUUAAAAUAAUGAACCUGGAAAAGAAUGACUUAGAAAUGAAAAGAAAAUUCCUUAAUAUGACCAAGUAUGGAAACUGUAAAAGAGACAGAGUGGACCUUAUCCUGAUUCAGGAGCUCCGCAAAGAAGAAUCUCAGUGGACUUGCUAUGAUGAUGAUGAAUUAACUGUGAAGAUGAGAAUGACUGAAGACAUAUUUGAUAGCUUGAUCCUCGAUACAAUCAGAGUUCUUAAUAAGAUUUAUCUGAGAAAAGCCUGUGAUUAAAAGUUUUCCCUAAAAGGCCCUAACAGAGCAAUUUUAAUCUCUGAUUUUCUUAAGCAAGAGAUGCACCAUUUAAGAAUUUUAACUCUGAACUUGUAACCAAUACCUUGGCCUAAUUUAUAUGUUCAUGUUUACAAUGAAUGAAAGGAUGCAAGCAGAGACUUAAGUAGAUAGAAAAAUAUUAUUAAAAAUAUUUGCCUUGUGUUUUGUACUUUGGGAAUGUUCAUUAAGAUCAAUAUUCUUAGACUGAUGUUACCCAGAAUCCAGAGGGUGGAAUUUUAUUCUUGUCUCUUGUUUUUUUGGUCAAGAUAGCAUUUUGUUUGAUUAUGCCUUUUAAGAGCACAAUGUGUUUUAAAAUUAUAUACAAGUCUAUACAAACAGAGUUCAAAACAAUUUAUGUGUAAAUUAUCUUAUUCUUUAUUACCAUGUUCAGGUUGUGAAUCAUAUUUUGAAAAUAAUGUUCAGAAAAUCGUAGGUGACUGUCUUAAGAACGUAAAUGUGCAGACGGAAUUAAAUCUCAUGGAAACUGAGUUGCUGUGGACCUCUGUUGUUUGGAAUAAACUCCUCUGACUGGAACAAGUCUAAAACUUUUUCUGAUGGGUACAGCAGAGUUACAAAGGUGAUUGUGCACCAUUUCUCAUACACUGCGCACCUGGUUAAAAGUAGCCUGGAGAUGGCUUCAGAGAUGUGGCACAAGGAAUGGUCUUGCCCUGGCAGGAUCUAAACCCAGACAUUCAGUUUUAAUGUCUCUAACUUUAUGUAAAUGAGAAGAAUACUGCUGUAAUGCACUUUAAAUGGGAUACUUUGCUAUCAGCAACUCCUGUUUCAGAAAAUUAAACAUGUGCAUGUAAUUAGGUUAUUUAUCAUGCCAUCCACAGGAGCCCUUUGAAUUCUUACAACAUCUAAACAUAGGGUGCUGAGGGUGUACGUAGCAAAACAGAGGCAAUGAAUAGUCCUAUUGUUUUGUAUUGACAAAAUUGGAAAAAAUCAAGAUUUUUAACAAGGAAAUAGAAGCAUGCCCUGAGCAUGCUAAUUAUUCUCUAUGUAUACUGCUGGGGUCUUACCUAUUUUGCAUUAAGAGAUGAAUGAUAAAUUUUUACUUGUUAGUUUUUUUAAAAAUAAAUGCUACGCAAAUAUUUCUUACUGUAAUUCAGAAACUGUUCAUUAUUUAAUAAUUGAAUGUAAGUAGAUCUGAUUUAUUCAAAUCCCAUUCAUUCAGGGUGUCUUUCAAAUAAAAUGAAAAGUAAGACAAUUAAGUAUAAACUAUAUAUAAACUUACAUUU